CAAUUAUAAGGUUGUUUCCGGUGGUAAAGUUGAAGGACGUUUACAUCUGCGAAUGAAACAAGGGCAAGUGUGUUUGACAACUUGUGGGACGUGGCAGAUGUCCAUUAACUUAACACAAAGGGUAACACCCAUUGACCGUCAUCUAUCAUCAUGCGGAUGAAGGAAAUUCAUGCAACAAAUCAUCCCUAGGAAAUGGUUUUGCGACCAUUUUCACCAUUUCGAGAAAAAUGAGCCUUGCUCUGCGGGUCAGAUUUGUGCCCCUUGACAGUUGCUUCCUGACUAUCCUGCCAAGGUUGUUGAGACAGUCUUCCAGGUUGCCUGUGGAAUGUACAAAUGGAUCCUCUCAGAAUCAUUCAGAGGCAUCAAAGCAGUCUGAACUGGAGUACAGGGCCUCCUUCUUGUCAAAACAUUUUCACCUACCUCAGAAAGAAAUGGAAAAUUUCUUGAGAUCAAAUUUUCAAGUAUUCUCCAUGAGCAGGGGCAAAUUUCAAACUUGUUCUUUGCUUCUUACAUCUCAUGGGGUAACAGCAAGGGAAAUGUUCAGCUACCCAAGUGUAUUCAGAUGCAGUGUUUCCACACUGCAAGAGCGCAUGGAAUCAUUGCAGAGGUCAGGCAUGCAGCCAAGGCUCAGUCUUGUCACCUUGUCAACAUCCAAGUUCAAGACACGCGUAAAUAGACUGGUAAUUGAUAGGGAUGCUGAGCUGGAGUUCAAAGAUCAUGAAGCUUUGUUAAGCAGUUUGUUAGAGUGCUCACGUGAAGAAGCGGCAGCUGCCCUCAAGGACCGUGGCUGGUUCAGAAAAUCAAAGCUUCUCACAUUGAAGAAUAAUAUUGAGAUCUUAAAGAAUUAUGGAGUGCCAAGUGAAGCAAUACUUGAACGCUUGUAUGUUCUUAUUAGUUCCCAUAAAACUUUAGAAGAACAGUUGACAAUUUUGAAAAAGAAAGGAGUGUUUUACCCUGAGUACUCUAAAGCUUUCAUGACUCUAAUUCAGUCAAACAGAGGUGACUUCCAGAAGUGUUUGAACAACCUUUUGGUGGAUCGAGAGAUCCUUCGGGAGGUUAACUGUAAGAAUAAAACUGAUUAUGUUCUAACCCGUCUUGACUGUACCACUGAGGACUUAAACUAUAUGCUUCAACAGUACAGACGUCUUCUCACUGUCAAUGUGCCAAAGUUGAAACAAAAUUUGGACUUCCUCUUGAAUGUCUGUGAAUUAAAACCAACAGACAUUAUGAGUAAUGCACUGGUACUAGGUUUUGGGAACAGUACAUUGCAGGUGAGGUAUAAACUGCUGGUUGAUCAACACAUUCCAGUGACAGCUGCAAUCCUUAAAAUGAGCAAGGAACGGUUCCGACAAUAUGUUUACCAGUAAUUCUUCUUGCCUUUUGCCUGAAGUUUCAGGUUGUUGAUGUGUAUUAUUGACAACUUUUAGGGAGAGCAUUAGGCUACAGAUUUAGUACAUUUGUUUUUGCCAUGACUUUGGUAUCCAUGACACAAGCAGGUUUCUGAACUAUAUCAUCUUGAAACCAUUAAACAUACAAAUUUCAGACUUGAGGCCAAACUAAUUAUUAGCUUUCCAGAACCAAAGUUUUAUGGAUCAUCAGUCAUUAACUUAUGACCUCAAAAUUCACGAGGGGGCACAGGUGGCCCAGCCGCCUAAGGCGCCCCGAUUCGCUGAGCAGAGUAUCGUCCCCUGGACACGCCAAAAACUUAUGAUUGUGGGUUCGAAUCCCGGUUCACCCGGGAUUAUGUUUCCA